GUUUUGACCGAUUGAUUGAUUGGUUGGUUGAUUAGUAUCAAGGUUUUGGACUGAGAGGCUGCCUAUAUCAAGUUUUCUUGCCAAGUUGAAAAAAAAGAGGCUAUCGAUAGGUGGGGACCACCACCUAUAGCAUGGGUUGCACGUAUAGACCAUCUCGACCGUCUAUUAUGGUGGAAAUGUUGAUCUCCGGAGGAAAUGGGUAUCACGGCUCUUUCAACGGCCUCAAGAAAAAACCGACUUACAAAGAUUUGAAACGGAGCACGUUUUACGCAGAGACGGAAAAUAUAGGGAGCUUGCUCCACUCGGAGGACAUACGGAAAGCAAGUGACUCAGCGGCGGAGGAACCAAGGAUGGGCUGUGGUUCGGCAGAAUCUAGGGUGCUUCAAGAAUCCACGGCACAUAACAAACCACCUAGUAGAUUGGACACAGCGAUGGCGUUGGAGGAGAAGGAGGGCGACGAUGUGGGAGACAAGUCCGACGAGUGCACAUUACUAGAGGAUAAAGAGAACAUCCCCAAGAAAAGUAAACUCGCAAGAAUUCCGUUUCUGAAACGUCGUUCGAAGUCUCGGCAACAUUCGGAUGGCUAUGAGACACCCAAGCCAAAGUUCUCGUUGGCCAUGACGAUAAGAAAAUGGUAAGUGUAAUGCUUUUUUUUUUUUAAAGGAAAGAAAAGAUAUGUAAGUAAUAAAUUGAUAAUUUAUUA